AUGGCGUGGUUAAGCUUGCAGCCUCUCACCUCAGCCUUCCUCCAUUUUGGGCUGGUUACUUUUGUGCUGUUUUUGCAUGGUUUGCAGGUGGAUGCUGGCCUGACGGGAGACUCAACCAGUUCAGUACAAAACAGCUCGUGUUCAGGAUCUUUUGACUGCAAGGAGGGUGUUAUCCUGCCAAUAUGGUACCCAGAAAACCCAUCCCUUGGGGACAAAAUUGCCCGCGUUAUUGUGUACUUUGUAGCACUGAUCUACAUGUUCCUUGGAGUCUCCAUCAUUGCAGAUCGUUUCAUGGCAUCUAUAGAGGUCAUUACAUCACAAGAGAAAGAAAUCACAAUUAAGAAACCCAAUGGAGAGACCACAACGACCACCAUUCGGAUUUGGAACGAAACUGUUUCCAACCUGACUCUCAUGGCUCUGGGCUCCUCUGCUCCUGAGAUCCUUCUAUCUCUGAUAGAAGUGUGCGGGCAUGGAUUCAUAGCUGGAGACCUGGGGCCAUCCACAAUUGUUGGCAGCGCUGCUUUCAAUAUGUUUAUCAUCAUUGCCAUCUGUGUCUACGUGAUCCCUGAUGGGGAAACCAGAAAGAUAAAACACCUGAGAGUUUUCUUUGUCACAGCUGCAUGGAGCAUUUUUGCUUACAUCUGGUUGUACAUGAUUCUCGCUGUCUUCUCUCCAGGUGUGGUUCAGGUCUGGGAAGGUUUGCUCACACUUUUCUUCUUUCCACUUUGUGUCCUUCUGGCUUGGAUAGCAGAUAGACGUCUGCUUUUCUAUAAGUAUAUGCACAAAAAGUACCGUACUGACAAGCACAGGGGCAUUAUCAUAGAAUCAGAAGGCGAUCACCCUAAGGGAAUUGAGAUGGAUGGCAAGAUGAUGAACUCCCACUUUCUGGAUGGAAACUUAGUGACUGUGGAGGGGAAGGAGGUAGAUGAAUCUCGCAAAGAGAUGAUCCGAAUCCUUAAGGAUCUGAAGCAAAAACACCCAGAGAAGGACUUGGACCAGCUGGUAGAAAUGGCUAACUACUAUGCCUUGUCUCAUCAGCAGAAGAGCAGAGCCUUUUAUCGCAUUCAGGCUACCAGAAUGAUGACAGGAGCUGGCAAUAUUCUGAAGAAGCAUGCAGCUGAGCAAGCCAAGAAGAGCACCAGCUUGCACGAGGUGCGGCCAGAUGAACCUGAGGAAUUCAUCUCCAAAAUUUAUUUUGACCCGUGCUCCUACCAGUGUCUUGAGAACUGUGGUGCUGUUCUCCUGACAGUGGUGCGCAAAGGAGGGGACGUGUCCAAGACCAUCUAUGUGGACUAUAAAACAGAGGAUGGCUCUGCCAAUGCUGGUGCUGACUAUGAGUUUACAGAGGGGACUGUUGUCUUGAAAUCAGGGGAGACCCAGAAGGAAUUCUCAGUGGGAAUUAUUGAUGAUGACAUCUUUGAAGAAGAUGAGCAUUUCUUUGUUCGGCUUAGUAACCUCCGUGUGGUUGAGAGUGAGGAACCUCCAGAGCUUGGUAACUCCCCGUACCCAAAGGCCAUACUGGCUUCUCCUUGUGUGGCCACAGUGACUAUACUGGAUGAUGACCAUGCUGGCAUCUUCACAUUUGAGUGCGAUGUUAUACAUGUCAGUGAGAGCAUUGGUGUGAUGGAAGUCAAAGUCCUAAGGACAUCAGGUGCUCGGGGUACAGUCAUAGUGCCAUUUAGGACAGUAGAAGGGACAGCAAAAGGAGGUGGAGAAGACUUUGAAGACACUUAUGGGGAGCUGGAGUUCAAGAAUGAUGAAACUGUCAAAACAGUUCACAUCAAGGUAAUUGAUGAUGAGGAGUAUGAGAAAAACAAGAAUUUCUUCAUUGAGUUGAUGAGCCCCCGCAUGGUGGAUAUGAGUUUACAGAAAGCUCUGCUGCUCACCCAAGAGGUGGCUGAGAGGAAGCUGACAGUUGAAGAGGAGGAAGCCAAGAGGAUUGCAGAGAUGGGCAAACCAAUCCUUGGUGAACAUCCCAAACUAGAAGUCAUCAUUGAGGAGUCCUAUGAGUUCAAGAGCACCGUGGACAAGCUGAUUAAGAAGACAAACCUGGCUUUGGUUGUAGGGACACAUUCCUGGAGGGACCAGUUUAUGGAGGCCAUUACCGUCAGUGCAGCGGGUGAUGAAGACGAGGAUGAGUCGGGUGAGGAGCGCCUGCCGUCCUGCUUCGACUACGUGAUGCACUUCCUGACCGUCUUCUGGAAGGUGCUGUUUGCCUGCGUGCCCCCCACCGAGUACUGCAACGGCUGGGCCUGCUUCGUCGUCUCCAUCCUCAUCAUCGGCAUGCUCACAGCCGUCAUCGGCGACCUCGCCUCCCACUUUGGCUGCACCAUCGGCCUCAAGGACUCGGUGACCGCCGUCGUGUUUGUAGCCUUCGGCACCUCCGUACCAGACACGUUUGCCAGCAAAGCCGCGGCCAUCCAGGACGUGUACGCCGACGCCUCCAUCAGCAAUGUCACGGGCAGCAACGCCGUCAACGUCUUCCUGGGCAUCGGGCUGGCGUGGUCAGUGGCGGCCAUCUACUGGGCAUCGCAGGGGCAGGAGUUCCAGGUGUCGGCCGGCACCCUGGCCUUCUCUGUCACCCUCUUCACCAUCUUCGCCUUCAUCUGCAUCAGUGUCCUCCUCUACCGCCGGCGGCCCCACCUCGGAGGGGAGCUGGGCGGCCCCCGGGGCUGCAAACUGGCCACGACGUUGCUCUUCGUCAGCCUGUGGCUGCUGUACAUCCUCUUCGCCACCCUGGAGGCCUAUUGCUACAUCAAGGGGUUUUAG